UUGGCGUUAGUCGAAGGAAUAGGUUAGGUGGUCUUGGUGUUGGUUGUGUGUGAGAUGCGUCUUAAGUAGUGUCAAGUGUUAAGUAGGAUUUAUAUUAAGAUUUGAUUUGGAUAGAUUGUAUCCAAUAGUGUCAUCGAUGUCAGAAUUAAUUGCAGUUGAAUAGAAUUUAUGUUGACAAAACAAUGGCGGCAAAUUCAAUAGAAAUACCUCUUAGGGAUACUGAUGAAGUAAUCGAACUUUACUUCGAUCAGUUACCCGAAGGAGAUGAGGUACUGGGCAUCUUACGGCAAGAAACUGCUCAGCUGCACAUAUGGGUCAAUCUUGCUUUGGAGUACCAUAAACAAGGGAAAAUUGAUGAUUUUAUCAAGAUACUGGAGUCUUCUCGAGUGGAUGCUAAUGUUGACUAUCGAGAUUAUGAGAAGGAUCAAAUGCGAGCCUUGGAUAUGCUUGCUGCAUAUUAUGUUCAACAAGCGAACCAUGAGAAGAACAAAGACAAGAAACGGGAUCUUUUUGCAAAAGCAAAUGAUUUAUAUACCACUGCAGAUAAAAUCAUCAUGUAUGAUCAGAAUCAUCUCCUUGGAAAAGCGUACUUCUGCCUACUGGAGGGAGACAAGAUGGAGCAAGCUGAUGCACAGUUUAACUUUGUUUUAAAUCAGUCCACAAACAACAUUCCAUCUCUUCUAGGGAAAGCUUGUAUAGCCUUCAAUAAAAAAGAUUAUAGAGGUGCUUUAGCAUUUUACAAAAAAGCAUUACGCACUAAUCCUAACUGCCCCGCUGCCGUAAGGUUAGGCAUGGGUCACUGUUUCAUGAAACUAGGAAAUCAAGAAAAAGCAAGGUUAGCAUUUGAAAGAGCACUUCAACUAGACUCUCAGUGUGUUGGUGCUUUAGUAGGAUUGGCCAUUCUUCAGCUCAACCGCCAACAGCCUGAGGAUAUUAGGACUGGAGUUCAGAUGCUUUCUAAAGCAUACACAAUCGACUCCACAAAUCCUAUGGUUUUAAAUCAUCUAGCCAACCAUUUCUUUUUUAAAAAGGAUUACCACAAGGUACAACAUUUAGCGUUACAUGCUUUCCACAAUACAGAGAAUGAAGCUAUGAGAGCUGAAAGUUGUUACCAGUUAGCUCGAGCUUUCCAUGUACAGGCAGACUAUGAUCAAGCUUUUCAGUACUACUACCAAGCAACUCAAUUUGCACCACCUGCAUUUGUCCUGCCAAAUUUUGGAUUGGGACAAAUGUACAUUUACAGAGGAGACACAGAAAAUGCUGCACAAUGUUUUGAGAAGGUGCUGAAAGCGCAACCUGGAAAUUAUGAAACUAUGAAAAUAUUGGGAUCACUAUAUGCAAGUUCAUCAAGCCAGUCUAAAAGAGAUAUUGCCAAAAAUCAUCUUAGAAAGGUAACGGAGCAGUUUCCAGACGAUGUAGAAGCUUGGAUAGAACUAGCACAAAUCCUAGAGCAGUCGGAUUUAAAUGCAGCACUAGCAGCAUAUGGAACUGCUACAAAAAUUUUGAGGGAUAAAGUACAGGCCGACAUUCCUCCAGAAAUUUUAAACAACGUAGGAGCUCUACAUUACAGGCUAAAUAAUUAUGAGGAAUCUCGUAGAAGCUUGGAGGACUCACUUGCUCGAGCUAGGAUAGAAGCUGAACAUGAUCCACAGUAUUACAAUUCUAUUGCUGUGACGACAACAUACAACCUCGCUCGGCUGAAUGAAGCACUAUGUCAGUUUGAUAGAGCUGAAAAAUUGUACAAGGAUAUUCUGAAAGAACAUCCAAAUUAUGUGGAUUGUUACUUGAGGUUAGGUUGUAUGGCAAGAGAUAAAAGUCAGAUUUAUGAAGCAUCUGAUUGGUUCAAGGAAGCACUAAGAAUAGAUAAUGAACAUCCAGAUGCAUGGUCUCUUUUGGGUAAUUUGCAUCUUGCUAAAAUGGAAGGAGGACCUGGCCAAAAGAAAUUUGAACGUAUUUUAAAGAAUCCAGCAACAUCAACCGAUGCGUACUCUCAGAUAGCUCUGGGGAAUGUGUGGUUACAAACAUUACACCAACCUUGUAAAGAUAAGGCUCGUGAAAAGGUUUGUCAAGACAGAGCUUUGGCUAUGUACAACAAAGUUUUACGUAGCGAUCCUCGUAACAUCUGGGCAACUAAUGGCAUUGGAGCAGUACUAGCACAUAAAGGGUGUGUCAAUGAAGCCCGUGACAUAUUUGCUCAGGUCCGAGAAGCAACAGCUGACUUCUGUGAUGUUUGGCUAAAUAUUGCACACAUCUAUGUUGAACAAAAACAGCAUGUCAGUGCCAUUCAAAUGUAUGAAAAUUGUCUACGGAAAUUCUACAAAUAUCAUCACGUUGAAGUACUGCAAUAUUUAGCCCGUGCUUAUUUCAAAGCUGGAAAACUCAAAGAAGCAAAAAUCACUCUGUUGAAGGCCAGGAGGGUUGCACCACAAGACACAGUACUCCUGUACAAUAUUGCCCUAGUCCUGCAGCGGCUAGCUAUGCAGAUACUUAAGGAUGAAAAGUCAACUUUGCAGACAGUGUUACAGGCGGUCCAUGAGUUGGGUCUCUCUCACAAGUACUUCCAAUACCUGUCAGUGAAUGGUGAGCGAAUGAGGUACGACGUAAAUGUGGCAGGGCUUGAGGCCCGACAAUGUCAGGACUUGUUGUUCUCCCAAGCCCAAUACCAUGUGGCACGUGCCAGACGGCUUGAUGAAGAAGAAAAACAACUGAGACGCAAACAAGAAGAGGAGAGGGAGUCGUUCAGACUCAAACAAUUAGAAGAACAGCGUGCUCAAGAAGAAAAGAAGAAAACUCAAAUAGAAGAAAUGUUACAAAAACGAAAAGAAUACAAAGAAAAGACAAAGAAUGCUUUAGUAUUUGGAGACAUGCCCAGUGAGAAGAAACCAGGAAAGGGAAGGCGUAAAGAACGGGAUUAUGUGUCAGAUUCUGGAAGUGAGGGACCUCCUGGGAGCCCUUCACAGAAGAAAGAGAAACUUCAAAAACGGAAGAAAGGAGAGCCAGGAGAGAAGAAGAAACGAGGAGGAGGUGGUCGUAAGAAAAGAGAGAAAAAGGCUGAAAAUUUGGGUUCUGAUUCUGAUAGUGAUCAACCCAAGCGCAAGAGAACUAAAAAGGAACCUAAACCCAAAAAAUCAAGAGCAAGAGCAGAUGACGGUUUAUCGGCCAAGCAGAAAAUGAAAAUUGUCUCAAAAGCUACAAUAUCUACCAGUGAGUCUGAUAGUGACAGUGGAAAACUGAAAAUUGCCAGUGGUAAUGAGAGUGGCAGUGAUGGAGGAAAUGCGAAACGUGGACGCAAGCGAAUAGACUCUGGAAGUGGCUCAGGAUCAUCUAGAAGUAGAAGUAGAUCAAGAUCGGGAAGCAGAUCAAGAAGCAGAUCCAAAAGUGGUUCACGAAGAUCAAGGAGCGGAUCUGGAUCUCGUUCAAGAUCGAGAUCAAGAAGUGGUUCGAGAUCUGGCAGUCAUUCUAGAUCACCUAGUAGAUCAAAAUCCAGAUCACGGAGCAAAUCCAGAAGCAGAUCUAGAAGCAGGAGCAGAUCUAAGUCUCAUUCCAGAGAUCGAUCAAAGUCUGGAUCACGUUCUAGAUCGCCUUCACCAGAAACUCGGAAGUCUGUGUCUGGAAGUGAUGAUGAAGGAUCAAAUAAAGGCAGUAAAAUGUCGGGAAGUGGCAGUGAAUAGAAUCAACCUUCAAAGCUUCCAAUGUAAAUUUUACUUUACUUUUUGACAUAUUUUAGUAGUAUAUUAUCAUGUGUUUACCUGAAAUAAAAAAAAAUUGAGAUUGUA